AUGUCUCUCUUAGCGUUCCUCAGUAUUCAAGCGGCGCCCACUGAUUCAGAAAUUGCUGCAACAUCUGAAGAGCCGCUUGCCGAAUCACGUUCCCAGAAACAGGAUCAGGACAUCUCGGAUGUCGAUGAUGACUUAGAUGGGCGCAGUGCAUAUGUCAAUAAUCAGUUUGUGCCCAGUGAACCCGUCGAGCUAGUGGAUGAUGAACAGAAUACGCCCCUCUAUGAAAUACUACAAAAGCAAAUGGAGCAAGUGCUUGCAGCCACUGGCCCUGAUGUGCCCAUCUAUGAGGAUGAGAAAUCAAAGCGGCAGCGCGUGCAGCAUCCGCCCAACAAGCCACUUUUCACUAACAACGCAGCAGACGCGGAUGACGACUAUGUGGACGAGGCUGCGCAAGAGCCGGAGCAGGGCUAUGGAGAGGCAGAUAAGCCAGACGCAGUCACUGGAGAGGAGUUGCCCGAUGCAGGCUAUCAGGUUCCACCACUGAGUGCCAGCAGCGCCAAGCCAACGAAUAGCAUAACUACACAGCCUCCGAGCAGCAGCAGCACCACCACCAUACGAAAUCGUCCCCAGCGUAGGCGAACCACCACGUUGCUACCAAGAACCACUCGAGCCAGAGCCAGCACACAAUCAAAAACAACAGUCACAACGCAAAGCUCAGUCAAUCGCACAGAGCUGACAACUAGCACCACCACCACGGCAGCCCCUCCGGCAGCGAGCCAGAAGCCCCGACCACACACCAAGCCCAUUCCCAGUAGCAUUCAGCCACACGAUCCGCAAAUCUACCAGCACAAGCGUCGCAUUAUUUUCAAAACCAUCUCGACAGGCUCACAGUUCGUCAACUCUCCCAUAGGUGAUCUUAUGAUUAAAUUCUCUAUAGGUUUUGCCAAGCCUGCCCCAGGCGUGGUCACGCCAUCCAACGAGGCAAUACGCGCUCUAUCCCAAAACUUGCUGCGUAGCAUAGAAUUACAAAAGCUGAAAAGAAUUAAUAAAAUACAGAGGGAUUAA